ACAAUGAACAUCUUAAGUAAACGAUGUAUUUAGGUGUAGAGUAGGCAGCCAAGGAAAUAGUAACUGUUGGUUUCCAUGAACGAAUGUUGGUUAUAUCCUUGACUAACUUCCUGCUUCCCGCUAUCGCCUGACUAACAUGACAGGAAUUAUGGGGCGGGCGAAGAAAAAUACCUAAAUAUAUGUACGAAAAGCUUGAAGGAGUUUACUCAUGGCAUGGGCUAGGAUUCGCUAAUUACACUGCAAAACGGUCGAGCGACAAAAAUAAACCUGCACAGUCGACGUUGCCACAGUGUCCGGUCUCUACGCACUGUCACAGCAUCGGAACUUCCGAGAUCAUCACGGACCAUGUCUUUAGCGACUACGACGAUUUCGCAUCCUUUGCGACGUGUUCUGGCAACGCCCUAUCCAGCUGUGUAAUCGUGCCACUCAAUAGUAAACCGACUGAGCUGCCUAAAGGAGCAUGGUUGAAGCUGAUUUACAGCUCUGCCCGCCACCGCCAGCUGCCGAUAUAUCCAGGUAGCUGAUCAUGGAACAACAUGAGGACGACAAGCUUGACGCCCAAUAUUGCAAAACCAAUCAAGAUCCCAAAGAGAAAUGAUGAUCGUAUCAUCUUGCACUUCGACUACGACUGCUUCUACGCAAGCGUCUUUGAGAACGAGAACCCGUCUCUCAAGUCACAGCCCCUAGGCAUAAAGCAGAAGAGCAUCCUCGCAACAUGCAACUACGUGGCACGGGCGCGCGGCGUCAAGAAAUUGAUGCUCAUCUCAGAGGCGCAGAAGAUUUGUCCUGAUCUGAUAUUGAUGAACGGUGAGGAUCUAACGCGUUUCCGCGACGUCUCGAAGAAGCUGUGGGCGUUCCUCCGUGCGCAUUCAUGGAACCGUCGCGUUGAGCGUCUAGGUCUCGAUGAGGUCUUUCUUGACGUCACAGAUGUCAUCGCGUACAACCGAGAGCUGCUGAACGUGCACGCGCUCGGAGCCUCCUUCUUCCAGCUUGACAGUAACGACCCGGUGAAAGGGUUUGCGUUCGACGGAUCGAGGUUCUACGGCUGUGUACAGCCUGAUGAUAAGUCGAAGGCCAAAGGAGGGUUCGUGGAUGUUGAGAAUCCUCUUUGUGUCCGCUUGAUGCUCGCCUCGCAUCUUGCGGGGUAUCUACGGCAUAGACUCGACGGGGACUUCGGAUACACCUCGAGCGGCGGGAUAUCCACCAACAAGCUUCUCGCGAAGCUUGCCGGCAGCGUUAACAAGCCGGAUAAUCAAACGACGCUCCUCGCGAUAGAUGGCAAUGGCGCUGAUGCGGUCGAGGCAUUCAUGGAUGCCCAUAGUAUUCGCAAGGUUCCGGGCAUCGGGUCGCGCAUCGCGCAGCUGAUGGAAGAAUACCUCCUUUCCAGACCCGCUGAGCUGCGUGACCGCGAAGGAAACAACGUAACGGUAGGUGAGGCCCGGCGGUAUCCUGGCAUGUCCUCCGAUCUCCUCGAGCAGAUCCUCGACCGCCCCGGCGCUGAGCGCGGCAGUGGUGAGAAAGUCUGGAACUUUCUGCACGGGAUAGACCCAUCGGAGGUGAAGGAGGCCAGCGACGUCCCGACGCAGAUCUCCAUCGAAGACACGUACAUGUCCAGGCCGCUACAGACACCUGCCGAAGUGAAUCGGGAGCUGCAUGCCCUUGCAACUUCUCUGAUCCGACGCAUGCGCGUGGAUCUUACUGAGGCGGAUAUUCAUCCAACCGUUCAAAACGCCACAAGCUCAUCUGGAACGCCGCGCUGGUUGGCUUACCCAAAGACCCUGCGUCUAUCGACGCGGACCAAAACUAAACAACCUAUCCCCACGGACGGCGCAAGCACGAACGGCGCCGAUGUUCCCAAUUUCAGCCGUUCGUCGCGUAGCGCGCCACUCCCAAGUUUUGUAUUCCAUUUCUCACCACCGUCGCCAUCUACAUCUUCACUGCCUUCCACAUCGACAUAUCCAUCCCCGGCAACCCUUUCCUGCGAGGAGAUCGCUUCUCGUCUCGUAACAGAAUCUCUCCUGCCCCUUUUCCGCCGCCUGCAUCCCUCGCGCAGCGGCGGUUGGAAUCUAGCGCUUCUGAACAUCUGCGUGACGAACAUGGUUCUCGUAGCUAGAGACGAAUCCAGCUCCGGCUCCGUGUCUGGGUCUAGCAUGGCGCCAGGCCGGGAUAUCGGUCGGAUGUUUCGGGCGCAGGAAGACAAGCUGCGCGAGUGGACGGUCUAUGACACUUCUUCUAUUCCCGCCACCGCUGCAUCUCCUCUUCCUCUUGCUCCUUCAAUUGAUAUUGAUAUUAAUCCCGCGCCUAAUGUAAUUAAAGACACCACGCCAACCGGAGAGGACAUAGCAGUAGAAGACCUCGUAAUGGCAGAGGAGGAAGAAGAAGACGACGAAGAAUGUGAUGCGCAAUUUCAAGGACGACAGGUCGCUAUGGACAAUAGUAGCACUAACAUCCCAUUGCUUGACAAAAAUCAAGGUGAUGAUGAGGAUGAAGAUGGUGAUGAUACCUGGGAAGAAGACCAAGCAGUGUCGGAGUCGCACAGAUGCCAGGUCUGCGGACACGCGGUUCCUGCGUUCGCAAUGUCGGCGCACGAGCGAUUUCACGCUAUGAAUGAAUGAAAUAGUUCCCACAUAGAUAGAUGACCAUGAUCUACUCAACUGUACCAAGCCGGUGUUUAUUUGCCUUCUUAUAAAAUCAUAGAUACCCCUUUGCUCAUUGUGC